AGAUUAGUCUUGGCUCAAUCAGCUGCAGCAUGGGACCGAAAACCUAUGGUCGCGGAACUGCGCUUUGCCACUGAUGAAGGUGCAGUCUUGGUCUCAUCCGGCCAGGACUCAGAGAGAAGUCGGGUACACUGCAUCGUGUCAGGCGCUCCCUAUGACCUGCGACGACUGACGGCGUCGCCGAGGGCGGGCGGCGGCUUGGUGGCCUUGGAGACCUUGGAGAGUGUGCAGAGGGAAGUGGACUUUGCUCAACGCGCAGGUCGCCAUCCCAACAUCGUUCGGUGUCAUGGCACCCUGGUGCAGAAUGAGGGGGCUGUGCACUGCCGCUUGCUGCUCUGUGAGCCCUGUGUGAUCGACCUCACGACACACACCUCUGGCUCCUCCACACCCCGAGUGCCCGAGCUCACAGACCUGGGGCAGCAACUGGCCUUUGGCCUUGGACAUCUCCACAACCUUGGGAUCUUGUACGGAGGCUUCGAAGGCAAAGGCAUCUUCCGAGGCCACGACGGGCUUUGGAAGCUCGGCGCCUUCGGCCGCGCGGCGGCGCUGCCGGCGCCGCCGGAGGCGCGUGGGAGCACGGACGACGCCUUGAAACCGGAGGCGGAUGUCUGGUUGCUUGGUGCCUUUCUGUCCUCUUUGCUUUCUGGACUUCCUCAAGGGAGUGGUGCUUUGGCUUUAGCGCCACAGCGGCUCUCAGAUCUCUCAGUUGGGCGGCUGUGGGUCCUACUACAUUGGCUCAUGGCAGAGGCCCCUGAGGAACGGCCUUGUGCUGGUGAAGCAGCAGCUCUAUUGGGUGCUCUAGCAUUCACUCCUCCACAGGAGCUCUUGGCCGAGAUGCCCUCGCGCGAGCACCGCUGGGUCUGCGGUACGGUCCUGGCGGCCGCACGGCAGCUCGCGGUGGACCUGGCAGUGGCGGAGCCUUCGGAGCUGGCGGAGAUGCCGUUGGAGAGGCUUCGCACACUUGCCAGCGAGAUCAAUGACCUCCUCGAGAACUGUGGCUUAGAUGCGAGUUUUCGAGCCCAUGAUGCACCAGAACCUGAAAAGUUGGAAGAAGCCCCACCAUGUACAGGCUUCCGUCCAAAGCAAAGUGCGGACAUUGCAGAUGCCUCUACCAAUGCCAGUGGUAUGUCAGAUGAGUUUGACAGCAAGAUGGGCUUGCUGCCCGCAAAAGGGGCCAACGAGGCUCACUCAGCUGACUUGCUUGGCCUGGGCUGAUGGUGGAUGUGUCAUCUCACAGACUGUCGAUGCAGAACGCCAUCGGACUUGUCCCUUGUCUGAAGGGCGAAUCCAGCCUUUCUGUGACACAGGCAAAGCCUGGCAACUUUUGCUGAUGAGAUUUAAUCAUCAUGGUCAAUCAAGCCACAAUAGCUCGACUUUAGGAAAUACUUACAGGAUUAUGGAUUUGCUGCAUUUUGCUACCUUUGAC